AUGCCAGCGAGCAGGCCGGGAGGUAAGGUCAACAAGUGCGGCAACAUCGUUAACGGCGACGGCGAAGUGGUCGACCGCAUCAAGGAGGGCGUCCCGGGGCACCUCGUGGGCAAGCGCGUGGACGAGACGGGCGCCAUCUGGAACGACAGUGGCGCCGUCAUCAGCCGCGCCGAGCCCAUCCCCGAGAACGAGCUCGAGUCAUGA